UGUGACACAACAAGGAAGUUGACAUGCCGGACCUUGAUAAAAGCAAAGUGCUACAUUUCUUUACAGGUAGCACCUUUCUUAAAAACAGUAGGUUUCAUGUAAUAAACCCCGUUAGUCCGUUUGGGGAGACUUUUUUUUGUUUUGGUUUUUUUUUUUACGGUGACGUGUAAAAUAGCAACAACGCGUCCAGUGUGUCCUGUGUCCCACUUAUUUAUGUCGUAACCAUGUUUCCUUGUGUUGUGAUUUGCACUAUAACCUUACUGUUUCCACUCGGACGUGCGUCGUUACCUCUCGUUAUCAAUACGUGGCCUUUCAAGGAUGCAACAGCAGCAGCUUGGGACGCCCUGCAGUCUGGCGGGUCGGUGUUGGAUGCGGUGGAGAAAGGCUGUGCCCGCUGUGAAACGGAGCAGUGUGAUGGCAGCGUGGGUUAUGGAGGCAGCCCCGAUGAGACCGGAGAGACCACGCUGGACGCCAUGAUCAUGAACGGGGAUACGAUGGAGGUUGGAGCUGUUGGAGACCUGAAAAGAAUCAAGAACGCUGUUGGGGUAGCGAGGGCUGUGAUGGAAUACACAAGUCACACCAUGCUUGUAGGAGAGUCAGCUUCUUUGUUUGCUGAAAACAUGGGCUUCAUUGCAGAAGACCUGACUACCAACAAAUCUAUGAAUAUUUUCUCACAGUGGCUGAAGGGCAACUGCCAACCUAAUUAUCGAAAGAAUGUGUUUCCAGAUCCUUCCCAGUACUGCGGACCCUACAAGCCCAGGGCGACACUGCAACCUAACAAGAUGAGAAGGCAUGCUAAUACGCACUCCCAUGACACCAUCGGGAUGCUUGCUAUUGAUCAAGAUGGACACGUAGCUGCUGGUACUUCAACCAAUGGCCUCACUCACAAAGUCCCGGGUCGUGUCGGGGACUCUCCUAUAGUUGGAGCCGGGGCCUAUGCAGACAGCGAAGCCGGAGCUGCUGCUGCAACAGGAGAUGGAGAUGUCAUGAUGCGCUUUCUUCCCAGUUACUUGGCGGUGGAGCUGAUGAGGGCCGGGGCAGAUCCCUCCACAGCCUGCAAGACGGCCAUUUCCAGAAUCAAGAGGCAUUACUCAGAGUUCUUUGGAGCCAUCAUUUGCGCUAACACAACAGGGCAUUAUGGUGCAGCCUGUAACAAAGUCCCUGGUUUGUCCCAGUUCCGCUUCAUGGUGGCAAACACCGAGUCUGACGCACCACUCCUUAAAUCUGUAGACUGUUUUUAAAGUAUAUGACUCGUGUAUAUGUAGAAAUUGAUGAAUGAAUGAAUGAAUGAACAGUAAUACGUGUGUUUUAUUGUUGCUUUUGUUUUUUCUACAGAUGAUUAAAUAAAAUGAUUAAUUUGUC